AGUGUAAUGCAUGCGAACUGCCCGAUCUGCGUAGUUCUCAUUUUCUUCUUUUUUUUCCUCUUCCAUUUCUACCGUCUCUGUCAAGCGUUUCUUGGUUUCCUGUUCUUUGCUCUGCUCUUCCUCCUCUUCUUUUCUCACGUUUGUCUCGUUUAGUUUUUGCCACAGUGAGGCGAAGAUGAAGCGCAGCGCAGUGCACCUCUCCCGUGCUCUCGUGAAAUCAGCACCUCUGACAGCUGGCGCCGCCUCCUCUUGUUGUUGUUCUUGUUGAUGAAACUGAAAUAAGACGGGUAAUCCUCAAGGCAGAGUUGAACCCCACACGACAGCUAAUCAUAAUAAUCGCCAACUUUGUGUCAGGAGCAGCCGCCUUGGCCGGUACGUUGUCGUGGUGUUGUCGCUUCCUAUUGCCGUUUCUGGGUUCUUGUGCAAGCGGUGGUGCUCUCAUUAAGGUGUCUGGCGUCCAGCUCGUAUUCUCGUGUGCGCAUGACACUCUCAAAACAAGUUCACGCAUCAGCAGGAGGAAGAAGAACCGACGGAGAAAGGAGUUUUUCUUUUCUGCCUUGUAUGCUUUUCCCAACUCUUUUUUCGCUUUCCGGUGCUUGUACGUUUGUACGAAAUGGAGGGGGGGGGGGAAGCUCCUGCACGGUGUCGCACUCGUGAGAGGAACCACGGAAGCAGGGAGGCACUUGAAUGAGACGGUAUACCGACGAUUUUUUGUUUCUUUUUUUUUAUCAUUACCAUGAUUCCGGUUGGGGAACAACGUUAAAAUGGCGCUACGCCAACUUGACGAGGGUGACGUGAGGCAGCAAACGAGGAAGGCCAAAUAGUGAAAAAAAAACAAAAUUAUAGCGUCAUAUUCAGCGACAAUCUGUACACCGUUUUUGUUUCCUUUUCUUUUUUUUUCUUUCAAUAUAAAAUGAAAGCUAAUAGGUGAAGCGUAAAGAAAAAGAAAAAUGUUGUUCUGUAUGUAUGCUUUCGGAUUCAUUAGUUCCCGAGUGAGAUUUCUCGCCGUGAACAUCACAAAUGCGGCUUUUAACGACAGUAAACAAAAGAGAAGCACAGCGACUUAAAAAGCAGCAGCAAAGUAUCUGCGUGUUUGUGCGCGUUUAACGCUGCAAUACCGCAGAGGCAACUCGCGCUCUCUUCCCUCCCCUUCCCUGAAAGAAAAACAAAUGAAAGGCAUUUUUGUGCUUGAAAGGUACUUCUGGAAUUAAUCUCACUGACAACAGCAACAACAAAAACCCACUCUCACUCUUCUCUCUCGGUUUGCCAAACAAACAAAAAGCAGCAUAUAAAAAAAGUAAGUAUCAUUGCGGUUGCGUGACGGACAACUCACUCAACGCACACCAUCGCCUAUAGAAAAUAUCGAUGAAGGCAGGAACGUCUCCCUACACGGCUCAUACACAUUCGGAAAAGAAAGACAAUACACCCCUCAUAGAUCUACGAUUAUUAAUCUAUAGAUAACGUAGUUGACGCUACUCCCGCUCUUGUGAACUUGAGCGUUGUACAACAUUGCCUCCGCCUUUGCAACAAACAACAACAGAGAAAGAUUUUUUUGUCUGGACUUUCCACGGUUCGCUACGCAAUGCAGCGUCGGUCCACUCUUCUCCUGCUCAAGCGAGCCAUCAAUCUGGCCCCUAAGCGGCCCAUGGAGGGGUUCGGUGUAGGCUCAGCAGCCGCCACAGCACCUGCAACUCCUGCUGCCGCUCGUCCGCCGCUGCCCCGCCAGGCCCCCACAGCGACGGCACCGACCACCGCGGGCACUACCGCUGCAGCGGCCACCCCGCAGGCACCGGUGCGUCCUGCAUCCCUCGUCACGCCACCGGCGGGUGGGGCACCCAUCACCGGCAGCGGGAGCGGGAUGCGCAAGAAGAAAAUCAUUCGUCGCAUCGUGAAGCGCAAGCGGACGAGCGGGGGUGCCGUGGUUCACACUGCCGCUUCUACCACCGCUGCUGCUGCUGCUGCUGCGACUCCCCUUCGCGCGUCUGCCGGGGAGAUGACGGCUGCUGCUGCUACGGUGGCUAGCCGGGCGACGGCAAUGUUGAACGAGAUCCGCAAGCAGCCCGAGGGAGUCUUGACAGAGGAAGAGAACCCGCAGCACUAUGACGACACCGCCACUGCUGCGGACGCCACCGAGGAGGAAUACACACCCGUGCAGGAUGACACAGCGGAGUUCCAUCACGCGGUGCAGCCGAAGGAAGACGCCGAGGACGACCUCUCCACCGCUGCGGGCGCAGGAGAAGCCAACGAGUCCACCGCCGAGCACUACGCGGCGGACAUGCAGGCCCUGCACGACGAAACGGAUGAGUUGGCCGGCACGACCACCACCUCGUCGCGCAAGACCGCGAUGGUGAAGGGCUACCGCAUUGAUGAAGUGAGUAACCUGUGCAGCCCCAAUGAUGCGAUCUUCGCCCGCCGCAUGCCGUCGGGUGGGUGUCAGUUCUUUGCCUGGCCUGGCACGCCAUUGCCGGUGGCGAGCAAGGCGAUUCUGUCGAUGCCGGACACGAUCCGCACCGUGCACGCCGUCUUUGGCCGCCCAGGCACGCCGAUGGACAUCGUGAUGGAUAUCGAUUGCCAGGUCCCGCAGGAGUACUGGACCAUGACGAAGAUUCGCCCGUUUCAACUGAAGGUGCUCGACGACGUGCUCUCGUCGCUGCAGGAGGAGAUUGAGAAGAUGGGGGAGUCGAUCGAGACGCAGGUGGUGCUGCAGUCACCCAACUUGAAGAAGGCCUCCUUCCACGUGCACACAAAGCUGAAGGACGCCGCCUUCGCCGACUUCAACUCCCUGCACGGAUUUCUCAGCAAGUUUCAAGAGCGCCUGCCGAACGUGGACAUGCAGAUCUACCGCCCCCACGGCAUGCUGCGUAUGUUCAGCUGCAUGAAGGAGAACCACACGAGCGCCAUCGUCGUCUUUGACGAUCCGAAGUGGAACCUCGGCUUCCCGGGCGGCAAGGUGAGCGAUGCGCAGGCGGCCCUGCACUCCGUGUGCGUCCGAGACCCCGCCACCUUCACCCGAACCCUCACCUUCGCCUCCCCGCGUAUGUACUUCGGCGCGACCGGCGGCAAGGCGGACGACGGCGGCGCGGAUGGCGAGGGCAGCAGGCGUCUGCCCCCGCAGGUGCGGCUCCCGUUGACGGAGAAGGAGGCCGUCGCCAACGCCUCCCGCUGGCUGCGCAUGGCGAACGAGGUGGAGGUCGGGGAGUGGCGCUCGUGGAUCGGCUUGGGUCUGUGCGCCUUCCGCAUCGCGCAUCACUUCCGCAACGCCAAGGGACUGCCGCGGCCGGCGAUGGAGGAGAUGUUGGCGGCCUGGACGGAGGCGAGCCGCAAGUGCCCGCUGAAGUACCACCAAGGCGAGUGCGAGACCCGCUGGUCCGCCUUCUCGCCGGACAAGCUAGGCGAACGAUCGGAUUGGUGGGGCGCCUACAAGCGCAUCGGUCGGUUAGAGGGGCCCGUGAUGGAGGCGGAGCAGAAGGAGGCGGCGGAGGCGGCGGAGCGGGCUCGCCGUGUUCCGCGGCGCGCGGCUGCGCCGUCGAAUGCGGAGGUUUCAACCCCCGCCGCGUCGCCGCAACCGGCGAGUGGAGCUGCGUCUGCUGCUGCUGCGGCUUCUGGUCCGAAAGAAAACGUAGCGUCCGCCUCGCGCAAGCUGAAGCUGAAGAAGCGGACGAUACGCAGCGCCCAGUAA